UAUCCCACAGGAACGCAGUACAAUGGAGACGUGGCUCGUCAUCGGAAUAUCGGGCGUAACGAACGGUGGCAAAACGACACUUGCCAAAUCGCUCGAAUCCUACUUUCUGGCCCAUCUGAACAAAACAUUCUUCAAGGAAAAUCUCACCCUAAACAAGGUGGUUGCACUGUGCCAGGAUGAUUACUUCCUGCCGGUGGACAGUCCACAGCACGAGGUAAUCAAAAAGCUUAACCACAUCAACUGGGAGAUACUGUCUUCGCUCGAUAUGGACCGCAUGUGUCUGGACAUUAUGAAGCUGUUGGGCAAAAAGUUUAUCCUGUACAACUGUCACCAGCUGCGACAGAGCUGCGGGGAUGGUAGCGAUAUGGGCGAGCAGGUCGAACCGGUGGACGAGUACAAUCUGUUUGCCGAUCACUUCUUGAGCAACUUCCUGACCAAAUACGAUGAAAACGGUACCGGCGGGCGGACGACGAAUUUAAUUAAGAAAUCAAAGAACGAAUCGUACCAAAACAUGAGCAUUAAGAUAAACAUACUGCUGCUGGAAGGUUUCCUUAUCUUUAACCAUUCGUUUACGCGCGAUCUGUGCAAUGUAAAGUUUCACAUCCAUCUGCCGUACGAACGGUGCUAUGCCCGGCGUAUGCAGCGCGUGUACGAUCCACCGGACGUGGUCGGCUAUUUUGAGAUGUGCGUGUGGCCAAUGUACGAGAAGCACUAUCGGGAGUUUAAGGGCCGGAAGGACAUUUACGUGCUGAACGGUGAAAUACCGCAGGAAAGCAUCUUUAAUUAUGUGUUAAAUUGCAUUAAAGACUUACUGUAGG